AUGCACCGCCUCGGCCAGCUGCUGCUCCUCCUGCCCAGCUUACUACACGCCUCCGUCCAGUUCGACAACUCCUUGACAGGUUCCCCGAAAAUUCAAUGCGAGCACGGCGCGAUCACGCUCGAUGUCUCAACGGAGAAGGGAGCACCAUCUUACGUAUUUGCCAAGAACCACUUCAACAAGGAAGGCUGCUCCUACCGUAACAGCACCCACGUCACCUUCAACUUUGACCGCUGUAAUGUGAACCGAAAACGAGAGGUUCAACCCAAGCGUGGCAUGUCGUACUCGUUGACGGUGAUGGUGCAGCUGCAUCCGCUUUUUAUUACGAAGGUCGACCGCGCCUACCACGUCCACUGUUUCUACAUGGAGACAGACAAAUCGGUCGGCACGCAGAUGAACGUCAACGAGCUGCCCCCGCAAACGAUCGACGAGGAGAUGGAGGCCCCGGUUUGCCAGUACACCCUACACAAGGAUUCUAUUAACGGGCCGAAUGUGCAGCGGGUGAAAGUCGGAGACCCAAUCUACCACGUGUGGGAGUGCCCAACCGACGCAUUUGCCAUGCUCAUCCACUCCUGCGUCGUCUACGACGGCCAAUCCGGCAAUCAAGUGCCAGUUAUUGAUGAGAAUGGCUGCUCCCUCGAUCCAUUCCUGAUGCCCGAGUUGACCUACUCGAAGGAGUUGACCAAGACGUUUACGCCCUCGUCCGCCUUCAACUUCCCGGACAUCCAGCAAGUCUACUUCAACUGCAAGAUCAAGCUGUGCCCACUUGGCCCCAAUGAGAGCAACGAUUGCAGCGGGAUUACGCCGCCUCGCUGUGGUGCCAACGCCAAGGCGAAUAUCAUCACCGCUGGGACCAAUGCGCUGGACGACUUCAACCCGCAAAGGCCCAUCUCUGAAAGCAAGGAAACAGUCGACAGCUCCGAGAAGAAGACGGUAGAUGAGGAACUUUCUACCGAGCAUCUGAUCCCCACCGCCAAUUCCGCCAAGACGACCGUACCGGAGGCUACGCACGUACAGACUACGGUGCAUGACGUAACGGAUGGAAAGACGACGAUCGUGUUCCAGACGACGACCUCAUUGCCGCCGGUUACGACGACACGGAGAAGUUCAACGACGACUAGGGCUCCUACGACUCAAGUGCUCCGAGCCGAAAAACCCUUCCCCACCCCGGCCGCCCUCAACGAGUUCUCCGCCAAGAAGUACAACGACACCGAGAUCGUGGAUGAGGGCAGCGGAUUGGAGAUCAGCUCCGAGCACGACGUGCCCACCAUCAAGGUGCUGGCCGGCGACAAGAAGCCGACGGCAAAGGCCGGGCCUAGGCGUGAGAUUAAGAGACGGGACACACCCCCAACUGUCGACGUCGACAUUGCCUCACCCGAGUUGACCGUCCUGGACCGGGAUUACGACCUACCGGAGCCGUUGGGCCAGCACGGUCAUCUGAUGAGCACCAGCGCCCCGGCCGGCCCGCCAGCUGCUAAUAAUAAUGUCUGCCUGCCAAUGUUCUCCAUCUGGGCCCUCGUGCUUUUGCUGGUGCUCUGCCUCUCCCUCCUGACCGUCGCCGUGUGCCGCACCUGUGCCCGACGCGACAAAUUUAUGCCGUAC